AUGUUAUAUCUAUAAUAUUUACAUCAUGGUUUAUCCAAAAUCAAAAUGGAUACCCAAACUGUCAACACUCGAAGAAAAAUCUUGAAUCAAGUGAUCUGCAGCAUUUUAGUGGAAUGCGGCUAUGACACGUGUGAGAAACAAACUCUGGAAACUCUCACCGAAAUGUUACAGUCAUUUAUUGUGGAAACUGGAGCUUCAGCAAGAAAUUAUUGUGAACUUUCUGGGAGAACAGAGCCUCUUAUAGCAGAUGUGAUAUUGGCACUGAUCAGUAUGGGCAUGAAAGUAGAUAAUAUAGAGACUUAUGCAAAGAGACAAAAUAGAACAAUUCUACCAGCACUUCAACAACAAACACAAGCCAAACAUUUAAAUAUCUUGCAAGCUGGUGUUAAGCAAAACCAUCCGUCACAUAUACCAAAUUAUUUACCAGCUUUUCCUGAUCCACACGCAUAUAUCAGAACUCCAACGCAUAAGCAACCAGUAACAGAAUAUGAAGCGAUAAGAGAAAAAGUGGCAACACAAAAACGAGAUAUUGAAAGAGCUUUAACAAGAUUUAUUGCUAAAACUGGAGAGACACAUAGUUUAUUUCUCACAGAGGAUAACAGCAUGUUUCCUUUAAUAUCUUGUAAACCGCAAUUUCCGAGUUAUAUCUCUGCUCUUCUACCUCAAGAUCAAAUAUUUGAGCCAGAUACAGAUUUCCAAUUUGACUCAAAUCCAGUGAAAAAGAAAAAAGAACAAGAAGGCAAAGAGACAGAGGAAGGGAAUCAAACGCAAAAUGAAAAUAUAGAACAAAAUGGCGAAACUACUACCCAGCAAGAUGUUAUAGACAAUCCAUAUUUAAGGCCAGGAAAGAUUCCCAAAAAUAAAAUCCCAGUUACAACAACACCUGGGCAACAGUCCACCAAAAGAGAACCAGUCGAAUCUUAAGUAUUGUAUUAUCUAAUACAUAAUAAUAUUAAUAUAGGUGUCUAGUAUACAAUAUAAUGUACAUAUAUGUGUGUAUAUUUUUUAUAUUUAAUCUGUAUAUUACAUAAAGCAUAUGGAAUAAAAAGUAAGAGUACAAAUCAUAUAUAUACAUAGUAAAAGUUAUUUUUAUUAUAAAUGUGGGGUUACACAAAAGUAUUUUGAGAUACAUUAUUAUCUGUCGCUGAGAAUUAAUACAUAACAUUCCAUUCGACAAUUUUCAAAAUUUAUCUACACUAUGUUAUAUAUAUUAGAAAAUCUCACUACUGAAAUAUAUAAUUAGAUUUACUUUCCGUUAUAUAGCAACAUUGCUUAGGUGAAUAUUGCACAGAUUAGCACCUUAUAAAAAAAUAUAAGAAUACAAAACCAAAUAUUAAAAUUGGUAAUCACUGCAUACAAUUUAUAUAUAUAAAAAUAGAUUUUUCAUUGUAUUAAUACAAUCUACAGCAGCAAGCGUCUAAGUUUACUCUGUCUGAAAUAUUUUAUAAUAUUGAUAUAUAAAGAUCUGGUUGGUAAAACCGCUUUUUUAGAAGAAAAG